UGACAAAUGACAUUUGCGAUGGACAGCUGCAGCAACUGGCGGCAUUUUUAGGUUAUUUCGCAACAACAACCAAACAAAGCAAGACUGGGGCAAGCCGCAACAAGCGUUUGCAAAAUUUCAGCAAAUUUUUAUUAAAUAAGUGUAAAAUUAAUAAAACAAAUAACACUGCACGAUGUCUACCACAUUUUCUUUUGGCAACAUUGCAAAGGAAUUGCAAGAGGUAAAGGAGGAGGGUGUUACUUUUGAAGAUAAACAAUUGACAUGGGACACAGCGGAAGAUGUUAAGGAUGUUGUGGCCGCCUUGGAAACACAAAAAGUGGUGCACUAUCUGAAAUUGGAUGGCAAUACCUUGGGCAUAGAUGCAGCGGCUGCCAUUGGCAAAGCUCUGGAAAAACAUCCUGAAUUUCGCAAAGCUUUAUGGAAAAAUAUGUUCACGCGACGUUUAAAAACUGAAAUUCCUCAAGCCCUGAAAUCAUUGGGCAGUGGUCUUAUGGUAGCUCAGGCCCAAUUGACGGUACUUGAUCUUAGCGAUAAUGCUUUGGGUCCAAACGGCAUGGUGGGCUUGGAGGAUCUGUUACGUUCAAAAGUAUGUUAUAGCUUGCAAGAAUUACGUCUGAACAACUGUGGUCUGGGUAUUGGUGGCGGUCAAAUGUUGUCGAAGGCUCUGUUGGAUUGUCAUCGUACAAGUACAGCUGCUGGCACACCGCUGAAAUUGAAGGUUUUCAUCACUGGUCGUAAUCGUUUGGAAAACGAUGGUGCCAAGGCAAUUGCAAAAAUAUUCUCCACAGUCAAGACAUUGGAGGAAAUUGCCAUGCCACAGAAUUCCAUAUACCAUGAUGGUAUAGCGGCCUUGGCGGAGGGUUUUAAACAAAAUCCGAAUUUAAAAAUUUUAAAUUUAAAUGAUAACACUGUGACCAGUAAGGGGGCCCAACAUUUGGCUGAUGCUUUCAGUUUCACUCCACAUUUGAGGGAAAUCAAUUUUGGUGAUUGUUUACUUAAGACUAAUGGGGCCUAUCAUUUUGCCGAGGCAUUGGAAGAGAAUCAUCGUGAAUUGGAAGUUGUUGAUUUGGGUUUCAAUGAGAUCGGUCCAGAUGGAGGGUUGGUCUUGGCCACUGCCAUGCAGAACAAACCCAAUUUACAGAGGUUAAAUUUAGAUGGUAAUCAGUUUGGUUACGAGGGUCGUAUGCGCAUUAAGGAGGCCAUGGACCAAACAGCCAAUCCCGAUGCCUUAGAAGAAAUGGAGGAAGAUCAAUCCGAGGCCGAAGACGACGAAGAUGAGGACGUUGAAGAUGAUGAGGAUGAAGACGAUGAUACGGUGGAUGAGGAAAUCGAUGAAGAAGAUGAAAUCUAUGAUGAUCAUCACAAUGAUACCACCGAAGAAGCCGAUGAAGAUGAUUAUGGUGAAAAUGCCGCAGAGGAGACCGCCUAUACCACAACCCAGGCAUUUACCUCGAAAAUGUUGAAUGCCAAUGAAUCAUUUAUGUCCAAUAAAAGUGUGACCUUUGCCGAUAACACCACGACUGUGGGCGGAUCAACUGCUGAGACGUUCUGCCUAAGUCAGAAGCCUUGCUCGCUGCAAAUGCUUGAUUCGCUGGUGGAAAGCGAUAAAUUACAGGCCUUCAAGAGUGUCAUUGAGCAAUUCUCCGAUGACAAUUAUCUGCUUUUGCUUAUUUUCACCACUUUGAAAUGUGCCCAUUUGGCCCAGUCUUCUUCGGUGGCUUUGGACCUGGCCAUGUCUUUGUAUAAGGAAUGUGUGGAUUAUGCUAUCAAAACGAAACAAGAACGUCGUGUCCUAAACUAUUUACUACAACAAUUGGGUCUGCUGCGCAGUGAAAUAAAAUUCAAAUCUUUGUAUAAUUUAAAAUCAUGUCGUUAUGCGUUGCGUGAAACGUUGUACAAGAAACCCCUGGCCAGUGAAUAUAUGAAGAAUACAUUUAAGGUUUUCCUCGAACAAUUGGAUGUGUAAAUCAAAAACAUUCCCCCCAUACUCAUAUGAAAUACCCAAUAUGGUUUAGUUAUUUGUUAAUCAUUUUUUUGUGAAAGAAAAUUAUUUCCACAUUUGUGUAGUAAUUUGUUUUUUUUUUCUACCAGCGAUUUUUGUAAAAUUUGGUAUAAUUUAUUUAUUUAUGUAUAGAAACACUACAAAAGAAAAUCGAAAUAAAUAUCAAAGAAAAUAGCUCAUAA